UUCAAAUCCCUCAGACACCAUAAAAUGCACGGAAACUGUAGACAGACAGUUAUUCAAUCCUAGCAGAAUAAAGUCCAGAAGAAUUUAUGCUGUUAUCACUUUUAUCGAAGUGAUCCCAAAAAGGGACGUUGAUGUUUUCCCACCAGUGGCCUACUAGUCAAGUGACCUAGGAGUGCGUCAGUACCUUAUUUACGCUAUACGCCCUCUUCUAUUGCCUCUCUUCAUUGCAACAACCAGAUUCCGAGAGCCUCAGUAUUUUGAUUCUAAGAGGAUUAUGACGACUACAUCACCAGACACAAUAUUUGAGUUUUAUUCAUUCUAGUUAACCAAAUCUUAUGUAAAGUCUCAGCGCAUGAUUUAGAGUGUACGUAACAUGACUAUAUUCUCUAGCGGCACACAAAAUUUGUUUGGUUCUGUCCAAAACAAAAGUAUGGCCAACAUUCGGAAGACGAUUGAAGUUCAGUCUCUCCCCGGAGAUACAGUCUCUUGCCUCCGAUUCAGCCCUGAAUGUUUGCAAACGACGUUUCUGGCAGCCACCAGCUGGGAUAAUCGUGUGCGAAUAUGGGAGGUUCAAGGGAAUGGAGCUACUAUCCCUAAGGCAGAACAGAUUCAUCAGGGUCCAGUUUUCGGUGCAUGUUGGAGCACUGAUGGUACAAAACUGUUUAGCGUGUCUGCAGAUAAAACUGCACAUAUGUGGGAUCUUGGAUCGAAUAUGUUUACUCAAGUAGGUGCUCAUGAUGCACCUAUCAAGACGGCCCACUUCAUCACUGCUCCAAAUUAUUCCUGUUUGAUGACUGGAUCGUGGGACAGAAGAAUAAGAUUUUGGGAUACAAGACAGGCUCAACCCAUUUUGAGCUUGGAUUUACCUGAAAGAAUAUAUUGUGCUGAUGUUCAUUAUCCAUUGGCUCUUGUUGCUACUGCAGGUAGACAAAUAUUCGUUUACAAUUUGGAGAAUGGUCCUACUCAGUUUAGUCAAAUAGAGUCCCCUCUUAAAUUUCAGAGUCGUUGUAUAUCCAUAUUUAUGGAUAAACAAAAACAAAAUCCCAGUGGAUUUGCCCUAGGCAGUAUCGAAGGACGAGUUGCCAUACAGUACUUAAAUCCUAAUACUCCGAAAGAUAACUUCACUUUUAAAUGUCAUCGCUCCAAUGCACCUAUCAAUGGGUAUCAUGAAAUCUUUGCAGUAAAUGAUAUGGCUUUUCAUCCUGUCCACGGCACACUUGCCACAGUGGGAUCUGAUGGAUACUAUUCAUUUUGGGAUAAAGAUGCUAGGACGAAACUUCAUUCUGCUGAUUCCCAAGACCAACCACUCACUUGUUGUGUAAUUGAUCCUAAAGGUCAGGUGUUCUGUUAUGCUUCAGGUUAUGAUUGGUCCAAAGGAUAUCAGUUUGCUGAUCCAUCUAAACCUGUUAAGAUUAUAAUGCGUCUGUGCAUGGAUGAAAUGACACCUGGUCGAAAUCUUGAUUUAAAAUAUUCAACCGAGUGUUUACAUUUUUUGUGUAUAUUUUUUUUAUAACCAAGUCCUUCUCAUUUCUGAAAGAGAAGCAUAAGCGUAGAGUAUUGAGGUACAUACGAUACCAACUAUGUUGUAAUAUAAAGUUUAUAAAUGAAAUAACUUUGAAUUAUGGAUCCCAUCUCCAUAUCGCAGCGUACAACUUCGUUCCCCCGUCUUAUGUUUAUCUGGAUUAUCUACGUGUUGAAGAGUUCAUCUGGAUUCUAGGUGCACGUAUUACAGUUAUGAUCUAAGAAUUAGCUCAAGAGACAUUUUCCCUUAUCAUCUACACGCUUUUCAAACUGAAACUCAUAAUGAGUUUAUUUUUUUUGCCAAUGGUUUGUAAACAUUGAUUGAUUUACAACAUCCGAUAAGCAUUCUAUGAAGUACAGUUCAGCUGUCAUGAAAGUGCUAGAAUUCAAACACGAGUGUG